GUACGUCCUGUUACUAUGGUGACACGCCAAACAUUAGCUCAGGCUAAUUACACUGUCUGAGUCGUGCGACAGAAAUUGGAAGUAAAACGGAACUCACCAGAGUAAUUACUCGACACGAUGUCCUUAUCCUUAUCGAAGAUUCAGAGCCUCAGAACAGUGGCUGCACUGGAAGACUGCGUUCACCAGUUGGACUUACUGGGACAUUCCCUGUCGGUGCAGAUCAGCAGGGAGCAAGGCUCCACAUCCACACAGGAGAAAAACAGGCUGGUGCAGCUCAAAGCAGAAUGUCAGUUCAUCGACCAUCACAUCACCAAGCUGUGCUUUGAGCUGGAGGACACCCAGAGUUUUGAGUCAAUUCCUCAGGCCAUGGAGGAGGAUGAGGCACAGAAAGCAGCCAGGAAGAAAAGGUUCAACGCUGCCAAUAUUUCCACUAAUAAAUGUUUUAUUUUUGUGAAUCUUAUGUGGUGUAUCUCCCCACCCAGAGAGGAUGAAAAAAAGCGGAAAGAGAGAGAACAGGCUCUGCUGAUACUACAGCAGGAAAUCGAGGACAAAAAGGAUCAAAUCCACAAAAUGUACCUCCUUUUGAAUGACCUGGAAGAAGAAACAUCCAAACUGCAGAAUAAAAAGAAGACAAAAACCACGGUCCUGUUCCCACAAAUAGUCAAAGAGACGUGGCAGAAGGCUCAACUUUUGGACCAGCUGGAGCUUAUGCAGAAGCAGAUGGAAGAAGAGGCGAGAUUUCACGAGGAGACUGUGACGUUCCUCCAGGUUCAGUACGAGGAGUUUCAACAGAGGCUGCACAAGUGGAAGCAGCAAACCAAGAAGAUGCAGCAGGAAAAGCAGAGCAAGCUGGAUAACCUGGGCUGCAAAAGAACUUUGAACACGGACAAGCUGAUGGAGAUGAGGAGGAUGUUUAAGGAGAUGGAGCGGGUGGUGCUGCAGGACAAGAAGGACCAAGAGUUUCAACGCCAACUGGAGGAGAAAGCUGUAGCCGCCACAACGCUCCAGGCCUACUGGAGGGGCACCAUGGUCCGCAGAGGCCUCGGCCCCUACAAGAAGGUAGAGGAGAAGAAAGGCAAGAAGAAGAAAGGGAAGAAGAAGAAGUGACUUUUUUUCUUCCACCGCCAUGUUUGCAAGUUAAGCAAAAAAAUAUAUAAGAAAUUGGACAAAAAUAUGUAAACUAUACAUGUCUUUAUUGUAAAAAAAAGUAGUAUUACAAAAUAUUACAAAUGUUUUUUAAAAUGAAUCAAACAAGCAAACUGAUUAGAAGCGGAGUGUCACAAAUCAAACAAUACAAGCUAAAUUACAUUUUUCCGUUUCGUACAUUUACAAGGUUUUCCCCGAGGGAAAAAUGAGUCGGAAAUGUCAAUAAAUUAAAUAUAUAUAUGUAUAUUAAAAAAUACUUUGAGCAAUAAAUAGCACUGGCAAGUUUACUCUUAA